AUGACGAUCACGGGAAGCAGUAAUGGUGGCGGCGGUGGUAUGAGACCACUGAAAGUGACGACCGUCGGGGACGGCAUGGUCGGGAAGACCUGUAUGCUGAUCACCUACACGCAGAACGAAUUUCCCAGCGAGUACGUCCCGACCGUUUUCGAUAACCAUGCGUGCAAUAUUGUUGUGGACGGUGCCGAUUACGCGCUUACCCUGUGGGAUACGGCCGGCCAGGAAGAUUACGAGCGAUUGCGACCACUCAGCUAUCCGAAUACCGAUUGUUUUCUCAUCUGCUACUCCAUAUCUAACCGCACAUCUUUCGAUAACGUGCUGUCCAAAUGGUACCCAGAGAUAAGACAUUUUGCACCCUCCGUUCCAAUCGUGCUUGUCGGCACCAAGAGCGAUCUGCGAGUUCCCGGGUCGGAAAAGUUCGUCACCACGGCCGAGGGCAAGAAGUUGAAGCACAAAAUCAAAGCCUACGCCAUGGUGGAGUGUUCCGCAAAACGGAAGCUUAACCUUGCGGAAGUGUUCGACGAGGCGGUGCGAGCUGUCGAGAAGAAACCGCAUGCGGGGCCACGGAUCUGUACGAUACUAUAGGUUAAGCGUUAGGGUGGUUAGC